UCGACUGAAGGGGAAGGACCGUUAAAUAACCUCUAAAGCGGCGGUGAGUGUGGUUGUCUGGUUUAUUUAAUUCAUUUAUCAUGAUCAUUAAACCAGUUUGAGACUAACGGUACGUCAUGGUUUAUUGGAGGUGUUGCCCACCGACCGGUUUGUUUGAUGUAAUCUGCUGCAUGUUGUCACUUAUAAUAGUCAACAGCACAACUGUGACGUCCAGGCACACAGUUUUAAUCCAGGUUUGAUUUUUAUUGUUGAAUGAAUGCGAUUUUGUUGUGCAAGUGAUCUAUUGUUGUCAGAAAUCCUUAAAGCAGACUGCAGGCCAUAAAAAGACAGGCCUACUUCGGAACAGGUGCUGUGAACAAUCUGAGCAUGUAUUACAUGCCUGACGUACACACUGUGACUUUUUGAUAGUUAUGAGCCUAUGAAGUAGCCAGCAUAUAGUAUAUGAAGCAUUCUGUGUCUUUUGACAGCCAACAGUAGCUCCUGUGCAGUAUUUGAGCAGAGAGGCUGUUGGUUGUUUUAGUGUAUUGUUUAGGGUUGAAGUCCUAUAGAUGACAUCAUGACUACAGGACUGCAUGGAUCAGCUUUUCACAGCCCAUUAGAGGGAGAGAAAAAGACACAUCUUUUUGGUUAAUAGUCAGUAGUAGCCUCUCUUUGGCUUGUUUGACAUUCCUGCAGACAUAUGGGGCCUCAGAGUGGGGGGGUUGGCCCUGUAAACAAUGUUCUUGUGUGAAAGUUUUUUUACCAUUAAAAGCAUUUGCUAUUUUGCUCAGCAGCUUGUCCAUUUUUCACCCUCAUUCUCAUGAAUGUCACAGUCCCUCAACACUGUAGCGCCAUCCAAAUUUUGCAUGGACCGUUUACUGAACUUCAUUAGGAUUCCUUUUGAGUGGAGCAGAGCAGCACAAAAGAUCAUCCCAUGCCCCAGUUUUCCCUGCACACUGAUUCAACUUUAAAUUAAACAGCCUGCUUUCUUCACUUGUUUGGUUGUUUAUGACACCUGUUUUCCUCAUAAAACUAUGAGGUCCUUUUUGGACGCUUGUCCAACUUUAGUGCGCUAAAGUCCAUUAGGGUCUGCUUUAGCCUGCAAUUCACGCUUCUGUAACUCACGAUAAUGCCUGUACUAAUGCCAAAACAUCAGUGAAUGACCUUUUCUGUUCUUUUUUGUCUCAUUCCUCCUCUCAGCCUGCCUAUAUAUCCAAGUAUGUAUCCAGUUGGAGGGAUAUCUGCAACCAUAUACGCCAACCGGCUACGGGAAGAGGGCAUGGGCACCAAUGAGCAGGCAGUGCACUUUGCCAACCAGGACUAUGAGGCACUGAAGCAAGAAUGUGUGGAGUCGGGCUGCCUGUUUGAAGAUCCCUGUUUCCCCGCUGAGCCCCCAUCCCUGGGCUUCAAGGAGCUCGCUCCCUUUUCCUCCAAAACUAGAGAUGUGGAGUGGAUGAGGCCUACGGAACUGACAGGUGACCCUCAGUUCAUUGUUGGUGGAGCCACUAGAACGGAUAUCUGUCAGGGAGCGCUGGGUGACUGCUGGCUCUUGGCAGCCAUCGGCUCUCUCACCCUGAAUGAGAAGCUCCUUCAUCGGGUUGUCCCACACGGCCAGUCCUUCCAAGACGACUACGCUGGAAUCUUCCACUUUCAGUUCUGGCAGUUUGGCGAGUGGGUGGAUGUCGUGAUAGAUGACCGGUUGCCUGUCAAAGAUGGAGAGCUCAUGUUUGUUCAUUCUGCUGAAGGCAAUGAAUUCUGGAGUGCACUCCUGGAGAAAGCUUAUGCCAAGCUGAAUGGCUCCUAUGAGGCUCUGUCUGGAGGAAGCACCACUGAGGGGUUCGAGGACUUUACAGGUGGUGUGUCUGAGAUGUAUGAGCUCCGCAAAGCACCCAGAGAUCUUUACAGGAUAAUUGGAAAAGCUCUGGAGAGAGGCUCCCUGCUGGGCUGCUCAAUCGAUAUCACCAGUGCCUUCGACAUGGAGGCUGUUACAUUCAAGAAGCUUGUGAAAGGCCACGCCUACUCAGUCACUGCAUUGAAGGAGGUUCAUUUCCGUGGCAACAUGGAACGUCUAAUUCGAGUACGUAAUCCUUGGGGUCAGGUGGAGUGGACUGGUGCCUGGAGUGACAACUCCCCUGAAUGGGAUGAGAUCGACCCGUCUGAGCAAGAAGACCUGCACCUACAGAUGGAAGAUGGAGAGUUCUGGAUGUCCUUCAGUGAAUUCUUGAGGCAGUUUUCACGUAUAGAGAUCUGUAACUUGACUGCUGACGCCCUGAGUGACGAUGGUAUGAGCCACUGGAACACCACAAAGUUUUAUGGUACAUGGAGGCGAGGCAGCACUGCUGGAGGCUGCAGGAACCAUCCCAACACGUUUUGGAUCAACCCUCAGUAUAAGAUCACGUUGCUUGAGGAGGAUGAUGACCCAGAGGACGAUGAGGUGGCAUGCAGUUUCUUGGUAGCUCUCAUGCAGAAGGACCGCCGCAGAUAUCGGCGCCAGGGUCAGGAUAUGCACACUAUUGGCUUUGCUAUCUAUGAGGUGAGAGCAGAGACUAAAAGCUGCCAGAAUGUCCAUUUGAAGAAGAAUUUCUUUUUGAGCCAUUCAUCGUGUGCUCGCUCUGAGACCUUCAUUAACCUGCGAGAGGUGAGCACACGGCUGCGACUACCUCCUGGAGAAUACCUCAUUGUCCCCUCCACCUUUGAGCCCAGUCAAGAGGCGGACUUUGUCCUCAGAGUCUUCACUGAGAAGCAAUCAGAAACAGAAGAACUGGACGAUGUUGUCUCUGCUGAAUUGGAAGAUGAGGAUGAAAUAACUGAAGAUGACAUUGAUGACUCUUUUAAGUCCAUGUUUGCUCAGCUGGCAGGAGAGGAUAUGGAGAUUUCUAUUCGGGAGCUGAGGACUAUUCUAAACAGAGUCGUCUCCCGGCACAAGGAUCUGAAGACUGAUGGCUUCAGCAUGGAAUCCUGCAGAACUAUGGUCAACCUGAUGGACAAAGAUGGAAGUGCCCGUUUAGGGUUGGUGGAGUUUCAGCUCCUUUGGAAUAAGAUCCGAAAGUGGCUGGUCAUUUUUAGAGACUUUGACCUCGACAAGUCAGGGGCCAUGAGUUCAUAUGAGAUGCGUCUUGCUGUGGAGGCAACAGGUUUUAAAUUGAAUAACAAACUGAACCAGGUUCUGGUUGCCCGGUAUGCAGAGAAUGAGAUGAUUGACUUUGACAACUUCAUCUGCUGCUUAGUCAAACUUGAAGCCAUGUUUAGGGCUUUCAAGCAGUUUGACACGGAGGAGUCAGGAGAAGUUGAGAUGAAUCUCACAGAGUGGCUUUACCUUACCAUGUGUGGUUGAAGAGGACUAUCUUGCCCUGCAGACUGCCAUGAAUGUGGGAACACUGAAGACCCUCAGCCUUAGUGACCAGAUGAUCUUUUAACACCACCUCAUUUUAUCAAAAGUUGCAAAGAGCUGUAUACAGAAAUCCAAAGGCCAACCAAGCCAAGUGUCUCCUGCUAGAAUCUUAGGAACUAUGCAAACCUACAGUAUGAAGCAUACAUUGUGCAACCCUCAUCUCUGUAAACAUUUUUUUUUAAAAACUAGUAUGUUUAUGCAUGACAAAUCACAAGCUGUAAUGUGCAUUGUAACAGCUGAUUUUAUACUUUACAUUUGAGUUUUGCUGUCUGUACCCAUCAAAAUCUCAUGAGAAGCUGUUUUAGCUGAAGUUGAAGUUUUAAGUCUGUUCCUGUAAUGAUUUUAAAAAGUGAAGUCUUAUAGUUUCUACCAGUCAUUCUGUUCUAUGUUAACGUUUUUCUUUCUUUCCUGAUUUUAUAACAAAUAUUUUUUACAGGAAAUAAUCUCCUCAAUGUUCAGUUUGUUGUUUCAUUCAUACACCAGUAGGUGGCAGUACAGACUUGAUCUGAUGUCAAUGAUUUUUUUAAACUCUUUGCAUUUGAUACUGAAGUUCAGGCUCUUCAAACAGUACACCAUUUUCUUCUAUGGUUGAAGUCAAGCAGCUGAUCGGUUUAGUUUUACACCAUUGUUUUGCACUAGGAUUUUAGUUUAAGGAAAUUUCUUCACACGAGUGAGAAAUUUCAACUCGCUCAAGUAACAUUUACAGGGAUCACAUGCUACUGAAUGCCUUAUACAUGACACUAGGAUGCUAAAAACUAUUAGAAAUGUGCCAGUUAUGUCUUUAUGUUGUGAAUGUAUGUUGUGCCUUCAAUAAAUAUUUCCCUCAAAGUUCA